UCCUUUUCUGCCUUCUCUUUUUUCCUUUUUGUCAUUCGCUUCUGCAUUAACUUACUUGUCCUUCGAUCGUUACAUCAUUUCAACAGACUGCGAUAUAUCGCCCGCCCUUAUAAUAUUAUUACCACUCUCCUCUUCCGUUAUAAAAAGUAUCCAAAUUUUGCCAUCGUUUUCUUCAUCAAAAUGAGCCAUAGUUUCAUAUUUUCCCUUCUUUUUCUCUUGAUUUUAAGCUCAACCCAACUGAGAUACAAAGCUGAAGGUAGAUCAAUACCAAAAUCCGAUGAAGAAAAGGCGAGGUUAAGAGCACAGAUAGGAUCAAGGCCACCAAGGUGUGAGAGAAGGUGCAAUUCAUGCGACCAUUGUGAAGCCAUUCAAGUGCCUACCAAUCCUCAAAUCUCCCAUGUUGCUUAUGCAAGAGGUGAUGGAAGCUCUAACUACAAACCCAUGAGUUGGAAAUGCAAAUGUGGCAACUUCAUCUUCAACCCUUAGCUCAUAAAUACAUAUAUAUUUUAGGUUCUUAAAUACCCAUUUUUGAACCAUGUAAGUAUUUUUUUUUUUUUUUGCUUGUGAGAACAUAUUAGAAUUCCGUUGUGAAAUUUCUUGAUUAUCUGAAUCUUUAAAAAGAAAAUGAAUCUAUAGUACUUGCUGUUGCUGUGGGGCGUGUAUUUGUACUGGUAUAUACGUACUAAGAUACGAUUUCUUGGGCAAAUCGUUAUGACGUUGGGAGGAAGGGGGGUCUAGAAAUUAGUGUAAAGUAUUUACUUAAAAAGUAGACAAUGAUUUUUGAGUUGGUAUAGUUUCACCAUACACGCCAUCGUGUCUGGUUUUGGUGUCAACUAUUGUCGAAAAAUGCGAUAGGAAUUGAAGUGAUCAGAGAGGGUAAAGGAAAAAGCUUAAACUGUUCUUUU